AUGAAUGAGCCACCAGACAGUUUUGCAAAUGCCUCUGACUUCCCCGAUUAUGCAGCGCCAUUCGGAAAUUGCACUGAUGAAAAAAUCCCACUCAAGAGGCACUACCUCCCUGUUAUUUAUAGCAUCAUCUUCCUGGUGGGCUUUCCAGGGAAUGCAGUAGCAAUUUCCACUUACAUUUUCAAAAUGCGGCCCUGGAAAGGCAGCACCGUCAUCAUGCUGAACCUGGCUUGCACAGACCUGCUCUAUCUGACCAGCUUCCCUUUCCUGAUUCACUACUACGCCAGCGACGAAAACUGGAUCUUUGGGGAUUUCAUGUGCAAGUUUAUCCGCUUCGGAUUCCAUUUCAACCUGUACAGCAGCAUCCUCUGCCUCACCUGCUUUAGCAUCUUCCGGUACUUUGUGAUCAUUCACCCCCUGAGCUGCUUUUCCAUCCACAAAACUCGAUGGGCCGUGGUGGCCUGCGCUGCGGUGUGGAUCAUUUCACUGGUGGCCGUUGUUCCUAUGACCUUCCUGAUCACCUCAACCACCGGGAACAACAGAUCUACCUGCCUUGACCUCACCAGUUCGGAUGACCUCGCCACCAUCAAAUGGUACAAUCUAAUUUUGACGGCCACUACUUUCUGCCUUCCCCUGGUGAUAGUGACACUUUGCUAUACGACGAUCAUCUACACCCUAACCCAAGGCCCUCACAAUCACAGCUGCCUGAAGCAGAAAGCUAGAAGGCUAACCAUCCUGCUACUCCUCGUGUUUUAUAUAUGUUUUUUACCCUUCCACAUCUUGAGGGUCAUCCGGAUCGAAUCUCGCCUGCUUUCAAUCAGCUGCUCUGUUGAGAAUCAGAUCCAUGAAGCUUACAUCGUUUCUAGACCCUUGGCUGCCCUGAACACCUUCGGUAACCUACUACUGUACGUGGUGGUCAGUGACAACUUUCAGCAGGCCAUCUGCUCGAUGGUGAGAUGCAAUGCAAGUGUGGACCUAGAGCAAGCAAAAAAAAUCAGUUACUCAAACAACCCUUGA